ACGCACGCACUCACUCCCACUGGCACACAAACACACACACCAAUGUAUUUUUAUUUCAUUAUUUACAUUUUGUGUACAAAAAUAAUGUUAGUCUGAUACCGAGGUUAAAUGCAUCGAUCGCGUUCCCGUGUUUAGUUUUAAAUGUGUAUUGUAUUUUGAUUACCUUGUAAAUACCGUUGUACAUAAGGAAUAGGUGAACCAUUAGUGAAAAUAUAAAUACAUUAUAAUGAGCAGCGUUAAAGGUGUUGUAAAUCGCAACGCCAAGACGUCUGGUAAGAAUAGCACUACCAACACAACUUCACAGAACGCUGAUACAAAAGAUGCAGUACCUAAUAAAACACACGAAAAAGAAAAAUUACAGCCAACAGCAGAGCAACUCAGAAUUGCUAAAAUUAUUGAUCUUAAACCUGAUGAAGAAAUAAACAGCAAAAUAAAACAGGUGAUGCAAAUAACUCAAAAAACAGAAGAUGAAAUAGUUAUUGCACUCCAUGACAAUGCUUUAGAUAUUGCAUUAACUAUUGAAGCACUUUUGGAAGGACCACAGGAAUCAUGGUCAACAACAGGCAAGAAGAAGAAAAAUCGUGCUAGUAGUGUAAACAAAAAAGAAAAAGACGAUGUGAUGAAAAACGGUGAAGUAGAUGGAGAUGCUGAAUGGGACGAAACCAUUACACAAGCAGCCAGUACAACUGCCCAAAACAAUGGUGGAUUUAGUGAAAGACGGGGUCGUGGCCGUGGAGGCCGAGGAGGUUUUACUAAUAGGCCUAGACCAACCGAAGGUGGUCAGAGAUUUGGAGAGUCACGUAAAUGGAGAGAACGUGAAAACAAAGAAAAUGAAAAGAAUUUAACUGAAGAUGGUGCUAGUGGCGAAAAUCGUAACUUCCGUUCUGAUAGCCGUGGUUCAAGAAGAGGCAUGAAUGGACCUCGUUAUAAUGGUAGAUCUAGAGGUACUCGUAUGUUCCAGAAUAGUGAACGUGGUAAUUCAGGACCAAGUGGUGGCAACAAUAGUGGAUUUAGUCAACCAAUUGAUACUUGGUAUAAUCCUACUGCCAAAGAAUCUAAGAAAGAAAAUUGGGGUACAUUUCCAUCACCUGAAGACUGGGAUAAUGAAGAAUAUACUGGUUCAUUAGCUGACACUAAAGUAUUUACACCUAGUGGUGGUACUGAGAGUACUGUUAAUAAUGAAGUUGAAGUACCAAAACCAAAUGAAAAUGCUUAUUUAGAAGUAGAAGAUUGGAACGAUGCUGUGCAAGCACCAAACCAGCAAACAGCAGCUGCUAAUAAUGCAGCAUCUGAAAAACUUGCUGCAUCAAUUGCAAACAGCAAAACAUUGACUCCUGAACAGUCUCAAUAUUUGUCCUCGUUAACUCAAGAAAGUCAACAAAAAAAAGUAGUUACUCUUCCACCAGCCACAACUUCUUAUAAUUCUCAUCCUCCAGUGGAAUUCGUUUCCUCACCUUUUGAAGAAAAUUCAAUAGGUCCAGGGAAAAAACCAACCUUACGUGCUCGCAUACCCCCUCCAUCUAAGAUACCAUUAAGUGCUGUUGAAAUGCCACCUGAUGACCCUAGUGUCAAUAUCAACUUCUUAGAUGUAUCGUUUGGCGCAGUUGAUCUAUCUGGUGAUGUACCUCAACUUUGUGAUCCAUCACAAGAUCAAAAUUCAUUGCCACCUGUUGUUAAAUAUGAUGACUCAGUUGCUCAGAAAGUAGAUUCUGUACUAACACAGACUGAAUAUUCAACAAUUUCUAAUCAAGCUUCAGUCCAGACUCAAAGAUCACCUCAAGUAAAUCAAGCACCUCAACCAUCAACUAAAAUUGGGCCACCCCCUGGUGUUCCUCCUCCUGCUGAUUAUUUAACUAAACAAAAUGCAACAGUUGCCAAUCCUUACCAAAAUAUUAAUACUGGACAACCGACAUCAAUUUAUAAUUCAGUUUAUUCUAAUAAUCCUCAAGGUUUGUCCAGCCACACAAGUUUGUAUGGUACAACUGCAUCGAACAUUGGUGUAAAUAGUACAAAUCCCCACAUUCCUCAAUUGUCUCAGUCUAAUCAUUCAAUUUUAAAUGCUAAUUACCCACAAACAGCAGCACAGCCUCAGUUCCCUUCUUAUUCAUACCCAAAUCCUCACUCAUAUCAGGCAUCUGGAAUUUCCUACCCUCCUAUUGUUUCAGCUGCCAAUUUAGCAUCAAUGUAUACCCCUUCAACAUACUCUAACUAUAUACACCAAAAUUUACAUCAAACUGGGAAUACAAACUUGUCUAAGUCAACUGUUUCAUUGACUUCAACUACUAAUUCUACAAAAGAAAGUUUGUAUGAUCAGACUCAACCUUCAAAUAACUCGCUGACAUCAAGUGCUAGUAAUCCAAAUGGAAAUAAUAUAAGUGGUACAACGUCAAGCAUUGGACUUGCACAGAGUACUUUAUUAACUUCAAAAUCGACUACACCAACAACAAAUAAAAGUGGUGUACUAUCAGGAAUGCCUCCUGGUGUUGCUCCGCUUGUUGGUGCUCAGUAUAUAUUAAGCCAACAGGGUAUUCCUGGAUACUAUCACCAAUCUCAUCCUGUAAUGUAUAGCGAGGAACAUUUACAAAUGGUGCAAUCAAGGUUACCUCAUCAUAUGACUAACUUUUAUUCGCCUGAUCCAAUGUAUCCUAAUGUAUCAUCAAGUCUGACUGGAAGAGAAACUGCUGGAACUGGUAUUUCAAACGUUGCAGGUUAUUCAUCAUUAACAGAUUCUAGAUAUGCACGUACAGACAAUAAUGCUUCACCAGUAUCAUCUACUCUUUCACAGCAGUCUGGAACUUUGGCUCAUCAGCAAACAUUAUUGAAUCCACCCAUUACUCCCAGUUAUACAUAUUAUUAUGGACAAUCUGUCAUACCUGCUAAUCCGUUCCAGUAUGGUACAAUGUACCCGAUGGCGCCAGCAGCAAGUGCAACCAGUCAUGGCACAGGAGCUACAAAUACAAUGUCCGGGUACAAUAAGACUGCAGCUGCACCUGCUGGUUAUAACAAUGUUUAUGAAACUGGAUCAUCUUCAGUCACUGGUUCAAGCAAUGACUAUGGAAGUUCAAGCAAAGUGGGCGUGUCCGGUCAACAGACUUCUCAAGCUCAGGGCAAGACAAAUUCGUCUGAUCUCGCUGCUAUGUAUUCGAGCAAGUCAACAUUAAAUAAGCCUUAUGACAAACAACAACAGUCAUUUCAAUCUCCGCCACCAUUUUCCGUAACUUUAAAUAAUGGCGGAGUUGGCGGUCAUCAUAGUGCCGGUAGUUAUGCUCCAGUAUUCAUUUCUCCUCUGCCUCCUGGCAACCCACAACCUCAUCAUAUCGCACCCUUGCAUCAUCAGAUUGAUAUGAGAGUUUCUAAUAGGCAGGGGCAAGAAUUAAGCAAUGGAACAAGCAAUAUGAGUCGUAACCAACCCGUGAAUCCUACAGCUAGCAAGGUGAAUGUUAAGCAGAACUAUAGCCAAGGAGCUACUCCCUACUGGAACUCCAACUGACUUAUGUCGUGUGCAUUUACACUUUGACGACUUAUCUAUAGUCGUUAAUGAGCAUUACCCAUUGGGAGAAAGGUGAUCAUACAGACGUAUCAUUUUCUCCUUUUAAAUCCUUAAAUCCUUUGUUUAUUCAAUAGUAUCAAAUAUCAUUUUUUUUUCUGAGUAAUGUUUCAUUUUGAUCAUAAAUACCAGAUGUAAUAAUUUAUUAUUUUGAGUUAAAUAUUUUUUUUUUUUUUUUUUAUGUUUAUUUUAUACAAAAUGAAAAAUGUAUUAUAUGCUCCCCCUCCCCUCCUAAAAUAAUUUUUUUUUACAAUUUUUUUUAUGUUUAAUUAAACAAAAAUGUAAUAAUAUUAUAUGGGAAAAAUGAUUAUGUUUUUAAUAUGAUUAUUUACAUCUAUAUAUCUUUUCUUAAUUGUAACCCAUGGGUGGAUAAAUAAUCAUCUGUCUAUAUGUAGUUAGUACCUUCAUUAAAAUAUAUGUAUUAAAAAUGAA